ACCACUAACUUCCCUCCUGAAAAAGGAUGAACCCUUUGCUUGGUUGGAAGCUCAGGACACAGCUAUGAGCAAGCUCAAAGAACGCCUAUGCUCUGCACCUUGCCUGGCCUACCCCGACCCAGAAAAGGAAUUCUGGAGCGCAAAAGGUCAUCAAAGAAACGUGUCACCAGCCAGUGACCUUCCUUAACAGCCAACGAAUCAGGGAUGGCGUGGUAACCAACGCAAGCAUAGCUACAUGGCUAAUGACGCUCCAAGGACGGGACGUCGAGGCAAGAUAUGCCCAAAACCACAAGUCAUCUCUGGGCAAUGGGCUAGCAGCCUGCCAAAACUGUUCAAUGGACAUGCCGCACAAUUCAAUGGAAACCAAAGAACUGUCACAACCACAGGUGACAAACUAUAGGUACUACGAGGAGAAUGUGUGUGAAGGCAUGCCCACAGCAUAUGUCGAUGGCUGUUCUUACAAUCAACAGGGCAACUUGAAGGCUGGAGCUGGUGUGGUCUGGCUCAACAACGACCCUUGCCCACCACAACAAUUCAGACUGGGCCCUCAAUCAUCACAAUAUGCUGAAAUAGCAGCCAUCCUCAUCACACUACAACUUGCUGCAUCCCACAACAUCAGAGAACUCCUCAUCUGUACCGACUCCAACUAUGCCCGUCUAAGCUUCACAUGCCAUCUAUCUGGAUGGAAACAGAAUGGAUUCAAGACAACUAACAACAAGCCAGUCAAACAUCAGGAACUCUUCCAUGCAUGCGAUACCAUUGUCACCGACCAUGACAUGAUCGUUUAUUGGAAAAAGGUCAGAGGUCACUCACGUCAACCAGGACAAGACAAAGAUCUCAAUGACCAAACUGAUGCCCUCGCCAAAGCAGGUGCAUUACAUGGAGAGUCCUGGACAUUUUCUAACCUCCCACCCACCCCAUCAGUGGCGGCCAUAACCCGCCACCAGCACGCCACUGGUGCGCAAACCCCCACCUCCUCCCAAAUUGAACUCUCACCUCAAUUCACUUCUGAUGAUCUCCUCACCCUUCAAGCAUUGGAUCCAAUCCUACAAACCAUUGCCACUCACAUUUCUGACCCACUAACUCAUCCCUUUUCCUCCUCCGACCUAUCCAAUUCAUCCGAUCUCCGCCAACUUCACUCGAUCAAGCACAUGUUGCAUCUCAAAGAUGGCGUUCUCACAUAUGUCCCUGAGCCCCUAACUUCGCCAAAGCUCGUAGUUCCUCAAGGCCAAAGGGGGAUGAUGCUGGCACACGCCCACGAUGCACCAUGCACUGGACACCACGGUGCCAAGGCCACCUACGAAACGCUCAAGCAAGUGGCGUACUGGCCUAGCAUGCAGCAAGACGUGGCGGAAUAUGUUAAAGGAUGCCUGGUGUGUUGCCAGUUCCAACCGGCAAAUCCAAACCACCGAGCGCCACUACAACGGAAGGGAAUGACGUACCCAUGGUCAGACCUCCAAAUAGAUUGGGUAGGACCCCUACCACGGUCAACACGAGGUAACAAAUAUUUCCUCACUGUGGUUUGCGAAUUCACAAAGUGGGUAGAGUGUCUCCCAGCUCCUAACCACACAGCAGAAACAACAGCCUGCCUGUUAAUGAACCACAUCUUCUCAAGAUUUGGACUGCCUUUAAGAGUCAACUCCGACCAAGGAACCCACUUCACCGCCGAAGUUAUGCAGGAAGUAUGGAAACUCCUGGGCAUACAGGCCAGGCUUCAUAUAAGCCAUCACCCAAUUUCCUCAGGUCAGGUCGAACGAGUCAACAGGACGGUGGCAAGCAUGUUGAAGAAGUAUGUGUCCGCCAAUCAAAAGGAUUGGGAUGUCAAGCUUCCUCUUGUACUGAUGGCCAUCAGGGCCACCCCUCAUCGGUCUACUGGAGUACCCCCAUUCGAAAUGAUGACGGGACGGCAAAUGACACUACCGUUACACCUGCUGUACCAACCUGGUGACAUGAACCUCAUCACCGCCUACACCACUCACCAGUACCUGGAAGAGUUGCAUCAGCACCUGAGAGCGACUUUCACCUUCGCACAACAAAACCUCCAAAGAAGCGCGGAAGGUCGAAAAGCCUACUAUGACCAAAAGGCCUCUCACCAGGAACUCUGUGUCGGAGACCGAGUGUGGUACUACAGGUUUGCCCAACCAAGGCACAAUGCUCCUCAUCACCUGUCAAAGAAAUUCCUACCUCACUGGACAGGACCCCACAAGAUUGUACACAAGCUCUCACCUGUUGCCUAUCGGAUCAAAAUCAGAGAAGGGCGCAGUGAGCCAGUCCUUCGAUGGGUCCAUCGAAACCAGAUAAAGAGGCACCAGGGCUCCAACCGACAGGAAAAGGGGGAGAUCAAACCAACUGACAUAGACUAA